AUGGCAUCUUCUGUAUCAAUAAUGCGUAAGAAAACGUUGGGAUCUAUUAAAGAGGUUGAAGAUGGCAAAUUCUGUAACCUAUCAGUACUCGACCGUGUCAUGGAACCGUCUAGCCUCCGCAUCGUCUUAUACUAUCAAUUCCCAGCUAAUACCAACUUCGCCAAGCUGAAGAAAAAGUUUGGUAUUUCAAUAUCAUACACACUUUCAGCAUUUACAAUUGUGGUUGGGAGGUUGAUAGCCAACCCUACGCCAUCAGAGGGUCACUGGCAUAUCAAAUGCAACGAUGAUGGUGUGAGAACCAUUGAAGCAAGAGCGAACUGUAGCCUUGAAGAGUGGCUGAUGUCUGUGACCAGAGAGAAGGAACUCGAGCUUAUUUAUUGGGAUGAAAUGCCUAACAAUCCACAUUUAUGGUCUGCCUUCUAUGUUCAGCUUACAGAAUUUGAAGAAGGUGGCUUUUCAGUUGGAUUAAGCUGUGCCCAUCUGCUUGCAGACGCAAUGACCGCCACCAUGUUCCUCAAAGCCUGGGCUGAUUCGCACCUAUUGAGGAAAAUCCAGUCUCCUCCAUUGUUCCACCCCUUGCCAUCACGAAAACUGUGCAGCACCAAUACAAAAAACCACGAACUACACUUUGACUUGAUCAACCAGUACAAAUCAUCUAUAGAAAGCAUCUCUAACCCAAUAACCGCAUCAAAAAGUGAAGAGUACUCAACAAUCACUUUUGCAUUUAGUGAUGAAAUGGUUAGAAAAUGCAUAUUCGAGAUGUCAUCAGAUUCAUCGCCUUUUGCUGCACUGGCCGCACUGUUUUGGGUAUGCAUUAGUAAGGUGAAAGGGAGAAAAGAAGGGCUUAUCAACAUGUGUGUGUGUUUAGAUAUGAGAAAUGUGUUGGGACUUGGAAAAGAUUUUUUUGGCAAUUGUAUGGUUUUCAACAAGGUGUCUGGAGACAUUGAGGUAGCAGAGAAAGAAGCUGGACUAGCGAAUGCGGCUCGGGCAAUGCAGAGCGUUGUUGGUGAAAUGGAGGAAAAGGAAAGGAUUAUGGAUUUGAUUGAAUGGUUGAAAAAGAAUACUGGUACUCAUCGAAUAUUCCAACCGAUAAAUGGUAAUGAUGUUAUAUGUGCUGGGAUAACUUAG